AGGGGAGGAGGGGGGGGGGGAGAAGAGAAGGGUGGGGAAAAGAGGGAAGUCAUUCAAAAGAUAGGUAGUGUGGAUGGGAGUGGAGUGCAUGCAGUUGUGCGCGUGGAUGAGCAAUGGCGGAAGAGAGCACCUCCCUCUUUCCCUUUCAAUCUCCCUCUCUCCCUCUUUCCCUCUCUCUCGUUCUCCCUCUCUCUUGUUCUCUCCCUCUCUGCCUCCCUGCCUCCCUGCCUCCCUGCUUUCCCCCCUCCGUCCCCCCUUCUUUCCCACCCCCCUUUCUCCCUCCCCCCCUCUUUCCCUCCCCCUUUUCCCCCCUCUCCUCCCUCCCCCACUCUCUCCCUCACCCCCUCCCUACCUCCCCCCCCUCCCUCCCCCCCCUCUCCCUCCCUCCCCUCCUCCCUCCCUCCCCGACUCCCUCCCCCCCCCCGCUCCCUCCAACCCUCCCACCCUCCUCCCUCCCUCGCCCCCUCCCUCCCUCCCUCUCCAUUCUGA